AUGAGACAAUUUAUUCACCUGAUUUUCAUUUGCUGGGGACUUUCAUAUUGUUUUUCUGCAAAAAACCCAGAGCUGGACACUGAAUGGGAACUGUUUAAGUCCACCUAUGGAAGGAACUAUGCUGAGAAGGAGGAAUCUUUUAGGAGACAGAUAUGGGAAGGGAAUCUGAAGUUCAUCAAUGAUCACAAUCAACUGUAUGAAGAGGGGAACCUGACAUACUACCUGGAGAUGAAUGAAUUUGGGGACAUGACUGAUGAGGAAUUCAUGGGAAUGCUGAACACCCGCAUGGCACCAAGGAUAAGGAGAGAUACUGCAGCCAAGACUUUUUCAAACUCUUCUGAUCUUCCCAUAUCAGUGGACUGGAGAAAGCAAGGCUAUGUGACCCCUGUUAGAAAUCAGAGGAGGUGUGGCUCCUGCUGGGCAUUCAGUGCAACUGGAGUUCUGGAAGGCCAGCUCUUCCGGAAAACAGGCAAACUUGUGAAACUGAGUCCACAGAAUCUAAUUGACUGUGCCAGAUUCCAAGGCUGUCGUGGGGGAAGUGUAGUUGCUGCUUUCAAUUACAUAAAAAAAAAUAAGGGCAUAGUCUCCGAGGAGUGCUACCCUUAUGUGGCCAAGAAAAAUAAGCAGUGCUCAUAUAGAAGUGAAUGUGCAGCUCUUACAAUAAAAAAGCAUGUGGUUCUCCCCUUUGGAAAUGAAAAAGUUCUGAUGACUGUGGCAAAUGUGGGGCCAGUGGCUGUGUCAGUGCAUGCACCAAAGUCCUUCGGCUACUAUAGAGGAGGAAUUUUCUUUGAACCAAAAUGCAAACCACGUUCCCUAAACCAUGGUCUACUGUUGGUUGGAUAUGGAUCUGAAAUAGUAAACAAUAAAAAGAAGGGAUCAGAAGAAAACCAAUAUGAAGAGAAGAAAUUCUGGAUUCUUAAAAAUAGCUGGGGUGCGUGGUGGGGUGAAAAAGGCUACAUGCGUAUUGCAAAGGACAAGAACAACCACUGUGGUAUUGCUACCCAUGCUGUCUAUGCUAUUCUGUGA